CCUGUAGUUCGUUUUGCGUGGGCCGUUUUUUCACAGUUCGGACUUAAAUGCGUAUUUAUAUUCAGGAGAUUGUACCGCUAUGGCGGGAGCUACCGUAAUAGCCUGUUCCCGUGAUACCGUCAAAGGCUCAAAAUUGAACAAUAUGGCGUUUUCAACCGACGUUUCCGUUAGCGCCAUCAUACAAAAUUACGAUCCCGUGGCGCUUCAAAUAAAAAGAGCAGCGUAAAAUGUUCCACCUUUCCCCCCCAAAAUCAGACUCAAGCCCAUGGCAGCAGAUACCUACCGUUCUGAAAAAGAAUCCGUCAAUGUUAUCAGAAAUUUCAUCCCAGCUUGGUUCGCCGUCAUCAUGGGUACCGGAGCAGUCGACAUCCUCUUCCACGUCUUUCCAUACGGCAAAGGCUCCCAAGGAAUGAAAAUCAUGGCCCUCAUCUUUUUCUUCCUUAAUCUAUCCCUUUUCAUCGUCUUUGCCUUUAUCUCUCUAGUCCGUUACAUCAUGUUUCCUGACACCUGGGGCGCAAUGAUCCGGCACCCUGUUCAAUGUCUCUACACAGGUACCUUCCCCAUGGGGUCCAUCACUAUCCUCACCAUCGCCAUCGGCCUCAUCCAUGACGACUACAAUUUUGGCGGUAAGCCAUUUAUGUAUGUCCUCUGGUCAUUCUGGUGGAUAGACGUCCUGUGCUCCUUCCUCUGUUGUUUCGGUGUCCUCCACUAUAUGAAAACCGCCCAUACUCACACACUGGAAACCAUGACACCCGCCUGGGUACUUCCUGUCAUAACCCUAAUCGUUACAUCCUCCGGUGGAGGUGUCGUAGCCUUGUCGAUCUACAAAUAUUCCCUCAACCACGCGCUGAUCACCGCUACUCUCGCGAUUUUCAUGGUAUCCAUCGGCCUAUCCGUAGCCUUGAUGAUUUUGACUAUAUAUCUACUUCGCCUGAUCCUUCAUGGUCUACCACCAGGCGCCACGAUAACCUCUGCAUUCUUGCCCCUCGGUCCCACAGGCCAGGCAGGUUACUCUAUCCUACUCCUUGGACAAUUCUUCGAGACAGUCCUGCCCUUGCCCUACGGCUCCUCCAAGCUUCUCCGUGGUGAGAAUACCGGUGCAUCCAUCAACGUUGUCUGCACGAUCAUAGCUGUCGUGCUAUGGGCACUGGCGUCGGGGUGGUUGUUUUUUGCCCUUCUUGGUGUCCAAAACAUCCUGCGUCAAACGCGCAUUCCCUUCAAAGUAGAGACAUGGGGACUUAUUUUUCCAAACGGCGUAUACGCGAAUCUAACUCUGAGUCUGGCAAGCACUCUUGACUCUACGUUCUUCCGCGUGUGGGGAUCCAUAUAUUCGGUCGCAACUUUGAUACUUUGGUGUUUCGUGGCCACACGGACGUUAAUGUUGAUACGCAAUAAGCGUAUAUUCGAAGUCCCAUCGUAAUUGGAUAGUAGGCCACUGCAUAUCUCGGCGGAAUAUCUUCUUUCACAGGAUAUUGACUAAACGAUACAAUAUUCUCUAAUGGGGUCCAUGCCGAACAUAUACUGCAUUCUUACGUCUCCAAUAUGGACGAGCAUGAUAUUCCCCCUCUCGUUGUAUGACCUUCCCAUCCAAGAACUUCGUGAAGACCGUAUGGGUCCACAUGAAUACACCAUAAAUCACGUCCUUGA